CUCUCAACUCUCAAUCGAUACAACAGAGCUUCUUUGACGGUGCAUAAACUAUUAAUCCGUAGUCAUGCCGCCAUUGCCGGAGCCUUUGGUAAGCAACAAAUUUGUUUACUCGGACGAAGAAUCGGAUGACGAGGAAUUGGAUUCGCUGAAACAAAAGGUGAAUGAAGAAGAUGCUGAAUCCAGCGAGUCCGAAGAUAAUUCUUCAGAAUGUGACACGCCGGAACGGGAUGUGGAGAAACUAUGGUAUCGCCCUUACUCUCGUGGUGAUAGAGUCAUUGAUAAAGCUUGCUUGAUAAGGUAUUUUGAACAAAUCCAUGACAGUGAGGGAUUUGACAUCAAAGAUUAUCCUGGUUCGGCUCCAAUGACUUCCAUAUUUCCCAUGCAAGGCUACUUACAACAUCCUGAAUUUAUGGAAAAGAUGAAGGAUUUUGCUAGACGGGCAAUUCAGCACUACAAUGAAAAAAUGGGCACUUCAUAUGUGGUUAAUGAGAUUCUCAAGGUUAAUGGACAUAGCAUCAAACACUUCAUGUACUAUAUUACCCUUUCAGUCAAGAAUUGCGAGAACGAAUAUUUUCAAGUUAAGGUGGUGGAUCGCCUUCAUCUAUAUAACUCUUUGGAUUUCCCAAUCGUUAGGCCAAGGGCGAAGGGAGGUUUGGACAUAUAGUAGAUGUUGAAGUCUCUACAUUUGUGUUGGCUUGGGUUCAAGCUUUAGCUUUACAUUGAUAGCUCUUGUCAAUGUGGUACAUUAUUACUAGUAAAUUAUCAUCAUUUUUUAGUUAGUU